GCCUCUCUCUUCGCCAAUAACAUUGGAAGUUACCGUUUUAUGGGGCUGGCUGGGACUGGAGCAGCUUCAGGGAUCACCACUGGGGCUUUUGAAUGGAAUGUAAGCCCUGUUUUUGUGGUUGUGCUGGACUGGGUGUUUGUUCCCAUUUACAUCAAGGCUGGGGAAAUGACAAUGCCAGAGUACCUGCGGAAGAGGUUUGGAGGCAAGCGGAUCUAGAUUUACCUUUCUGUUCUGUCCCUGCUGCUCUAUAUAUUUUCUAAGAUCUCGGCAUCCAUCUUUGCUGGAGCCAUACUCAUCAAUCUGGCUUUGGGCCUGGAUAUAUACCUGGCCAUCUUUCUCUUAUUAGCAAUUACUGGGCUUUAAACAAUCACAGGGGGCCUGGCAGCUGUGAUCUACACGGACACCUUACAGACAGCAAUUAUGCUGGUGGGGUCUUUUAUCCUGACUGGGUUUGCUUUCAAUGAAGUGGGAGGGUAUGAAGCCUUCAUGGAAAAGUAUAUGAAAGCCAUUCCAACCUUAAUUUCUGAUGGAAACACCACCAUCAAGGAAGAAUGCUAUACUCCAAGAGAAGACUCCUUCCACAUCUUCCGAGAUCCCCUGAAGGGAGACCUCCCAUGGCCUGGGCUCAUCUUUGGGCUGGCCAUCCUCACCUUGUGGUACUGGUGCACAGAUCAGGUGAUUGUGCAGCGCUGCCUCUCAGUCAAGAACAUGUCUCACGUGAAGGCCGGCUGUACCCUCUGUGGGUACAUGAAGCUGCUGCCCAUGUUCCUCAUGGUGAUGCCAGGGAUGAUCAGCCGCAUUCUCUACACAGAAAAAAUUGCCUGUGUCCUUUCAGAAUGUAAAAAAUAUUGUGGCACCCCAGUUGGCUGCACCAACAUCGCUUCCCCAACCGUGGUAGUGGAGCUCAUGCCUGAUGGAUUGCGAGGCCUGAUGCUGUCAGUUAUGAUAGCUUCUCUCAUGAGCUCCCUAAAUUCCAUCUUCAACAGUGCCAGCACCCUCUUCACCAUGGACAUCUACACGAAGAUCCGGAAGCAAGCAUCUGAGAAAGAGCUCAUGAUUGCAGGAAGUGUGUGCCUGACUGUUGAUAUGUCUCUUCAGGGGGCUAAAGCACUCUCCUCUGGUCAGGUGGAACAAACCCUGGGAUGUGAAAUCAUGCUGCUGAACAAGAUAGAGAGACCCCCUAGAAGCCUGAUUAAACAGUCCCAGCCCUUCCUGUACCAUGAUGUCCUGGCUUCAGAUGGUCUAGAGCUACCAUUUCUCUCAGCUUUAUUCCUUUGCCUCUGCCCAUCUCUUGGAAUGUUAGAAUUCCCACCUGUUUUGUGGGUUCAGCACUCAUUAAUUCAGGGUUUUCUUUCACAGGGAGCCUUUUGGGGACUCAUCCUAGGAUUUCUGAUUGGAAUUUCCCGUAUGAUUACUGAGUUUGCCUAUGGAACUGGGAGCUGCAUGGAGCCCAGCAACUGUCCCACCAUUAUCUGUGGGGUCCACUACUUGUAUUUUGCCAUUAUCCUCUUUGUCAUUUCUGUCAUCACCAUUGUGGUCAUCUCCCUGUUCACCAAGCCCAUUCCAGAUGUGCAUCUUUAUCGUCUCUGUUGGAGUCUGCACAACAGAGAGGAACGUAUUGACUUGGAUGCAGAAGAGGAGAACCUCCAAGAAACACCGAAGGAUACCAUUGAAAUAGGUGAUUUAUGA